ACCCCCCGUGGUGGGCCUUCGCCUGGGCCGAGCGCUGGACCCUCGACGCAUCAAGGAGGACGACGACGUGUACUUCGAGUGCGACGUGGAGGCCAACCCGCCCUUCCACCGCGUCGACUGGUUUCAUAAUGGCAAGCCAAUGGAGCACAACAUGAGUGCAGGCGUCAUCAUGAGCGGCCUCUCCCUCAUCAUAAGAGACGUGGGACGGCAACAUGGCGGCUCGUACACCUGUGAGGCCGCCAACAUGGAGGCGAGGACAAUCAGCAAUGCGGUCUUCCUCAC